ACGUCCGGGCGGCAGCUCUGUGCCACUUCUUGCUCGGCGGCCCCGCGGCGGUGGGUACCGGCUCGGCCUUCCCCCGAGACCCGGCUGUGGAGGGGCCGUUGCGGUCGGGAGACGCUAUGGAGGAAGGAAAAGAAAUGGCAGUGCAUUGCUCAGGUCAGGUGACUGAAGAAACACGGGAUAUUUGCAUGAGCAAUGUUGCAGAUGUUUCGCUUCUGAUUGAUGAAGAGUUUGAUUUUGACCUUUCACUCUCUCCAGAAAGUAGUGGAAAUGAAGAUGAAGUUUUUGCUGGACCUAUGGGACACAAAGAAAAAUGUAUUGCUGUCAAUGUUGAAGCAAAACAAAACGCUGAAAAAAAGCAUGUGCCUUCUUCUGAUGGUGACCUCACGUGGAGCCUACUUACAAAUCAACAACUUCUGGAAAUUUGCAAAGAAGCUCAUUUGUUAGCACUGCAAAUACAGACCGGAAGCAAGAAUGAACAGACUAAAGUAAGCCAAUCAGAAGAACAGGAAAAUAACUUUAUAGAAAAAUUUGUGGAGGACUCCAAGUCAAAAUUGAAAAUACUGAAAAAUGAAAAUAUAGAGAAAAGUCCCAGGUCUGUUAAAAGGGAGACAUACUGUGUGAAGGAUCAGCCAGCAUGUCAGCUGCCACCUUGUUUUCAGAUGGAAUCAGCUAAACUUUUGUCAGAUGACAAGAUGUGUGUUCUUCAUACUUCACCAGACAGAAACCCAGUUAAAAUUCAUGUAUCUCCUACAAAAAUGGCCUGUUUACCUCUGACACAAGAACAGAAAACUAAGGAAAGAAAUACAAAGGCAACUGGCAAACUUCUAAUGGCAAAACCUUCAUCUCCUGGAAAAAGCAAUUUGUUGACUUUUGAAAAGCCCAAACCAGGAAAACAAACUAGUAUUUCUACAAAAAGAGACUUGAGCAGCAUGGGGACAUCUGAAGAUCUAAUUUCUGGUAAAUCUAGUGCUACCUCGGAUGUCUUUGUGUCCUCGGUCAGUGGCAGUUCCUCAGCACAAGACAAAAAGGUCCUUCCUCCACCAAUCAAGCCUGGCUUAAAGAAGAUAACACAUCUGAAACUUCCUGGUGUUUCCAGUGGUCUCAAAAAAAAGACUAUUUCAUCUUCCUUCUCAUCAGUUUCCACCGUGAACUCAAGUCUGAAUUCAAGUUUACCCAUUUCUCCUAUAGGAAAAAAUGGAAAAACAAGAACGUCUUCCAAAGCUGGUGUGAAUGGCUCCAAGCUUUCAUCUAGGACAAACACGGUGGCCCUUGCCAGACCUACCAAAGUGUCAUCUCUGCAGGCUGCCAAUACUGAGAAAGCCAAGAAGCAAGCAAGAUCAACUGGUAGUCCCGAAACACCUAGUGUUGUCAGCCUGGAUAAACCUUCAGCUUCUGCAACAUCAUCUGAGGCUGUAGGCAGUGGAAUUCAGAGGGUGAGCUCUGUUCCCGAUCUGCAGAAACUAUGUCAGCAGAACAAAGGUGGAAGUGUCACAAAAGAAAGCCUGUGUCCAAAGCCCAGGGAUAGAGUUUUGUCUGUUCCAAAUGGUCAAACUCAGGUUCCAGUGAAGACUGGAGAUACACCAUCAAACAAAUCAGCGCCAAAAGCAAUACCAUCUCUUGGAUUGGCAUAUUGUGGCACGCUUGGAAGCGCUAUGGCUGUCGGCACUCCUGUGAAAGCCUCAGAAGAUGGGAUCUUUCAGAAUUCUUGUUUUCCUGAAAGGUCUGUUUUCAUGACUCCUGCCACUCAGAAACGGUCUGGCCUACCUACACCUGUCCGUUGUAUCUCAGGAUUUCCAGCAGUGACUCCUAAAACUGCACCAAGAUCGGCAUGUUCUUCACAUUCUGCAUCUCUUCACCGAACUUUCAGCUUUUCUACCAAAAAGACUCUUACAGCAGGUUCCAAACAGACAAAAGAGAGUAAGACAGAGACAUCUUCAGAAGAUGAUAUAUCUCCUCCACCUGUGCUACCUCUUGCACUUAACUUCUCACCAGAAAAAAAUGCUACAGAAGUAGUAGAAAGCAAACUCAAACAGGCUGAAGUUCAAAAUCAGCUGGCUGAAGAGAAAAAAACUGAGGCCAUACUAGUAGAUAUUGGAAUAGACAAACCUCUCCCAUGCACUUUGGAAUGUGACAGUAGACCUCUGAUUGACCUUUCCAAUACUCCUGAAGUGAAUAAGAUUACUCCUCUAAAGCCUACAGUCUCAGGGCACGUAAAGCUAAGUGAUUUGAGUCAGCCUCUUAUCAUUCUGAGUCCUGACGUAAUCAAAGAAAAUCUGGAUUCACCUCUACUCAAGUUCUGAACUUAAGUUGAAAUGAAGGAUUCCUGGCAUCUGUGUUCUCUAAAGUGUUUAGGUGUUACUCUUCACUCCUACAGGUUUGGUUUUUAAGAUGGCUCUAGAUUAUCUGAACUGCAUUACACAAUAGAAUUCUAACAGUCUUGAUAUGGUCAAACAAAUUUGAUUAUGUUUAAUGGUUCUGCUCAUGAAUGUACUACAAUGGAUGUAUUUAAACUGUAUUGCUCUAAAGCAAAAAGCGGUAGUCUUUUUAUUGAAAGCCUUGUCUGUUUUUAUUUCCUACAAAUUGCCCUUUGAUUCCUCAUUCCCUAUGUGCAAAGAAGAAUUAACUUUAAAUAAAGGUCGUUUACCAAA